AUGACGAGUAAAGAUAAAAUUAAUUGUAUGCUCUUCAGAGAAGUCUACAGAAAAGAAUUGAAAGAUUGGCUGAACACCAUCAACCAGACAAAAACAAUAGUGUGGGAUGAAACUCUAAUAUCCACAUUUGAUUUAAUAGCCAACUUUUCGUUCCUCAAAGAAAAUGGGGUUGACCAGAUGAUCUUUUUGAAUUCUGACAUCAAAGCAUCAGUGAAAUCAGAAAAUGUAAUUUUUAUCGUUCAGCCCAAGUUACAUGUCAUGGACAAAAUAGCUUACAUUGUCAAAAAGCACGAAAAUAUGUUGACGUCAUUGAAGAAAAAUUUUCAUGUCCUUUUCAUACCAAGAAAAAGUUUGCUAUGUGAAAAAAGGCUAAAAGAUUUGGAUGUUGUGAAUUCACUGACAAGCAUAGAUGAGCUAGCAUUUGAUAUUUACCCUCUGGAGACUGAUCUCUUGUCUAUGGAAUGGAAUACUUGUUUCAGAGAGUGCUAUUUAGACAGCAACCACACUUGCUUAUUCCACGUUGCCAAAUCAAUAAUGCUCAUCCAGUCGUUAUUUGGCAUUAUCCCAAACGUCGUUGGCAAGGGUGACUUAGCUGACAGUGUGAUCGAAAUGGUGCUGAGAAUGAGAAGAGAGUUGGGAUCGAACGAACCGCUGAUAACUCCAAAGAUUGACACACUGCUACUGGUGGAUAGGAUUGUCGAUCCGCUGACACCUCUACUAACACAACUUACUUAUGAGGGCUUGGUCGAUGAGCUCUUCUCUAUUAGCAAAGGUAUUGUGAAACUACCAGCUAACAAAUUCAAAUCAGAAAGCAGCAAUGCAGACACGGCAGCGGAUUCAACGUCCACCAAUCCAUUUGCGACAUCUACGGAUGAAGUUAAAAAAAUCCACCUCAAUUCGUCUGAUGAAUUGUUUGCUGACCUUAGGGAUAAAAACUUCAAUGCGGUGGGCAACGCUCUGAAUCAAAGGGUCAAGGUCAUUAGUGCCCAGUACAACGAAAGAUUGGCAGCAAAGACGGUUGGCGAGAUGAAGCAGUUCGUGUCAAAGAUACCACACAUACAAGCUGCUAAGGCUGCCCUUGCUACACACACGACAAUAGCGGAGAUGGUUAAAGGCGUUACAGAUUCAGAUGAGUUUCGUGAUUUUGUCUGCGAACAGCAAGAGUGUUUAAAGGGACUUGAUUUGGAUAAAAGUAGAUCCUUCAUAGAGAAGUGUAUCCUAAUGAAAGAAGAUAUCAAUAAGGUCCUUCGCCUCAUCUGUCUUCAGUGUUAUUGUAACAAUGGCUUAAAACCUAAAAUUCUUGAAUUCUACAAGAAAGAAAUUAUACAGGUGUAUGGGUUCGAGCACGUGAUUAGCCUCUGCAACCUCGAGAGAGUGGGGCUCCUUUUCAAUCAGAGCAUCAACAAAACAUUUCCAACAAUCAAAAAGACGCUGAAGUUGCUUGUGAAGGACGCUAAUGAACAGAUGCCAGAAGAUAUAUCGUACGUCUACAGUGGCUAUCGCCCGAUGAGUGUACGCCUCCUGGAACUGCACAACAAGCCAGGCUGGCGCAGUAUCGAAGAAAUCGUCAACAACAUGCUGCCCGGAGCUGUCAGGGAGGAGUUUCAACAGAUGCCUGCCUGGCUCAAAAGGAAGAAAGGUUUGUGUUUUCAGAAAGUUGUCCUAGUUUUUUUUAUCGGUGGUGUCACAUUCGCCGAAAUAUCCGCUCUCAGAUUUCUGUCACAGAUUGAUGAUAGUUUAACAGAAUACGUGGUAGCGACUACAAACAUGAUCAGCGGUCCCGCCUUCAUCAGCUCGCUCUCUGAUACACUCCAUUCAAAACCGGCCAACCCUUUUGCUUAA